GUUUUUAUGCCGUCACCGUUACCGUGAAGCAGAGUGCUGCUUAAUAAGUAAAAGCCGAACUGCCGAAGCUUGGCGUCGCGGCCUGCACCGCAACAGUUUCCGUUUUCCAAAAUCUGAACCAAUUUCUGUUGAUUCAUGUCUGUGUCGCUGGCUCCCAUCACCCGAACUCUCAAUCGGAGUCACGGCCAUGUCAUUCACCGUCACUUUCUCACUUCCCUCCAUCUCUUCUUCUCCUCAAGGCCAGUCAAAAAUACUCAAACAACUUCUCGGUCUCAGCAACCCCAGUUUCAGAAGCUUCCUCCUCAAGCGCCAGCCUUCUCAUAUUCAAUCGCCUUUUCCUCUAUUUGCUUCUAGAAAAACCACCUCCAACAUCUCUCAGAGGAAUAAUGAUCUUGUUGAUGAUCCACGCAGUUGGAGCCAUUCGAUCGCGCCAGACUACCAUGAGGAUGACGAAGACGAGGACGUCGAUGAUGAUGAGGAAGAAGAUAGGAGUUUGGAUCUGCUAGUUAGAUUCGUUCAAAAUGUGUUCAAGAAGAUCUCCAAAAGAGCAAGGAGAGCCGCACGGUCAGUUCUGCCUCCUUCCAUAUCUACGAAACUGGUGGGUUUUACGGUGAACGGGGUCCUGAUACUAGCGUUUCUGUGGGUCUUGAAGGCGUUUCUCGAGGUGGUGUGCACUCUUGGAAGCAUCGUAUUUGUAAGCAUAUUACUUAUACGUGGUAUAUGGACGGGCAUAACCUAUUUACAAGAAAGUCGUAACUAUAGGAGCAAUGAAUUUAAUGAUGAACACCAUGCAUGGUCCAGGGCACAGCCUGUGCCUUGAUAUGUGCACUCUGAAGCAGAAGCAUGCAAUCUGUCCAAACACAAAAAAUGGCAACCUUUAGUAUUUUGAUCAAGGAAGAGAAGAAAAUGACACCCAAAAAGGUUUUAAUCAUUGGAAAUAACCAUUUACUGCAAGUUUGAGGGAUUUAAUGGUAUGAGAUAGCUUCCCAUAUGAAUUUCUGGAACAAGAUAUUCUCAUGUAGUAUCCAUGGAAAACUAGUAAUAAAAGCUGGGGAAAGCUUUAGUUGUUUGCAUACACCACAAUUCUUCAUGGAAAAACACCUGUUAUAAGUCAUGAGAGUACCUUAAAUGUACCAUAGAUAUGAUAUGCGUAAGUUAAGCUUGUCUACAACAACAGCAUCAGAUAUAUACAUUCUUAUCCUUUCUUCAACA